AUGUCCUGGGGUCCAGAGCUCCAUCUCACCCUGGUCUUCGAUAGCCCCCGGCGCCUGGCACCAGCGAGCUGGACUGUGGACAGGCCUGAGGGGGAGGAUGUGCUCAAGUUCCUGGGCUUCCACCAGUCCAUCUUACAGGCCUUGACGCCUCAUCCUGUGACGUUUCUGGCUCAUUCACGGGACGAGACCUGCUUCCAGCGAGGCACCGUGGGCUUUCGUUCCUUUCGCUACGACAUGAAGGACCCACAGAUGGGCCAGCAGGAGGUGGCCCUCUUCCGGCGGGCGCUCGCACGGGCGGCCGAGGGAGGCCAUGGGGCUAAGCCACGCAGGGCAUCAACGCAGAGGCUGGUGCUGAUGAUUCGCAGGGCCAAGGGCCAGCCGCGGCACAUCAGCAACCUCGGGCAGCUGGAGGCCUCCUUGAGGAGAUCCAGGAGCCGCUGGGUGGUGGAGGGCCGAGCCUUGGAGAGCCUUUCGUUGCUGGAGCAGUUCUCCUUAGCCUCCCAGGCAGAUGUGCUGGUGGGUGCGCACGGUGCCGGCUUGGCGUGGAUGGUGGCGAUGCACCCAGGUUCUGCCGUCACGGAAUUGAUGCCGCCCACCUUGCCUGGCUACAUCGCUUGCAUUGAGACCUGGGACCAUCCACGGAAUCUCCGACACGGCAUCUAUGGGGGCCUGGCACACACUGUGGGACAGCAUCACAUUUGCCUCCGAGGCAACGCGACGGCCUUGGCGGAUCCUUUUGAAGUGGAUAACUUUCGAGAAAGGUCCUUUGAGAUUCCGCUCAAAGUGGUCCUCCGCCGUAUUCACGAGGUUUACCAAGCGUUCUUGGUCAAAACAUGCGCGGCGUGCACGCAAGGCGGCGCGAAGUGUUUUUCUUGCCUUUUUUGGAAGCAGCGGAGUGGCCAGAUAAAUGGGUUGUGGUGA